AUGGAUGGCGAUCGCAUUCACUGCUAUGCCUGUGACGCCGUGUCGCCCAAGGGCGAUGACUUAUUAUGUCCCAUCUGUCAUUCCGACUUCACAGAGAUUGUUGAGAUCCCACCAGAGACUCCGGAACCUCAGCGAUCACGCUCCCAAGAAUCAGUAAGCCCAAACCCGUGGGGAGACAACAGUCCAUGGGAAGAGGAAGACAAUCGACCGGCAGGGUUCCUUGGGGGCUCCCCUCACUACAACGCCUUCCGCACAUAUCGAUCUCCCGACGGCCGGUUCCAAUUCAGCAGUGCAACAUUUAACCCACGUUCGAAUGAUCAGCAGCGCGCUAUGCCUGAUCCUGUUGGGUCGAUGCUAAUACAUAACAUCAGUUCAAUCUUGGAAACCCUCGCGGAGCCUCACGAGCGACGGCCAGGUGGAGUGCGGGGAAUGGGAGAGAACCCUUUCCUAUCCUCGACUGAUCCUGACUGGCUUCAUGAUGACCACUUGACCGGUCACCAUCCGGGAAACAUGUCACCCCGCAGGGGUGAUUUCCCUCCAGGCAUUAAUCACCCCAUGCACAUGCACAAGUACGUAACGGAUCCAUUGUACCCUUGGGCAAGCAACUUAACGUCUUCUAGCAUCAUGAACGCUGCACAGGCAGAGAUGGGAGGCAUGCAUAACCCGGGCGGGCCUACCAGUCCAUUUUCAUUGCUAUCGGCCCUUCUCAACAUGCCAUUUCCCCGGAGUGGGGAUGCUGCUUAUUCUCAGCAAGAAUUCGACCGCCUCGUAACCCAACUCAUGGAGAACCAUGGGGGUCCUGGCACUGCAGCACCGCCUGCGCCUCAAUCCGCGAUUCUAGCUUUGCCGCAAAAGCCGGUGGAUAAAGACAUGAUUGGGGCUGAAGGUAAUGCCGAAUGUUCGAUCUGUAUGGAGAGCGUUACACUCGGGACGAAAGUCGCCGUCCUGCCUUGUACUCAUUGGUUCCAUUUUGAAUGCAUCGAAGCAUGGCUGAAACAGCACGAUACCUGCCCUCACUGUCGACGCAGUGUCAGUGCAAACACCGGAGGCGGAGAUGGUACAUGUGAGAACCCAGUCGUGAUUCAAGAUAGCCCUGAGUCAUCCCGUCGUCGCCGCAGUUCUACCAAUGCCACACGUAGCGGUCGAGCGUCUUUUUCUUCUAUACAAAACCGCCUUUCACCCCGCAUGUCACCCCGCCGUUCUCCAGAGCCCGAGGCCAGAGAGACGAAUACUCGCCGAGCCAGUCGAGGUGAGGGCAGUGGGUCUAUCAGCAGCUGGCUCAGCAACCGAUUUGGCAGUAACAGCGCUUGA